CAGUGAAAGGUGUUGUAUGAUACAGAAUUAUAGCUAUUGGCGUAUUUCGAAUCUUUCGUUUGUUUUGUAAACAAAACGUCCCGAUAGUGUCAUUACGAUGAAAAGGAUAGCGUGGUGGAAACCAUUCAUUUUGUGUUAGUUUUAUGAAUCAUGAUUAACGUUACUUAUCCAAUAUAUUUUUAUUUUGACUCACAAGUAUAUCAUUACAAACAUCAGUAAAUCAACGAGACACUAGAAAUUGUCAAAUCGAGUUUUUAAUUAUGUGAUGCAGACAUUUAGAAUCAACAACACGGGAUCGACACAGCAGGAUAAUGCAAUUUUCUUUUCAUUUUCACUGUUGUAUUUGAAACGAACUUCGACGAAAUUUGUUAAAUAAAUUAUAGAUUUGAAACAUCUGCAGAUGUUCGAUUGAGUUUUAUAUCUGUAUAAAAUGAAAGAAAGACAGUAUGCUGGUUACUGAGUGCAAACAGUGAGUUUGAAUACUUUAUCCACUAUAGUGAAUCAAAAUAUGUUAAACCAAGUUUCCCGGAAAAGUGUAUUGCAUAAAACAUGAGAGUGCAUGAAACAUGAAAUAAAGUUCAAAGAGCAUAACGCGUUUAUUCUGUAUGAUGGUAUUAGAGCACCAAGGAAUGUUGCAAAAUUUUCAAACGUUAGGGUCACAACCAGCGUUGCAACUGUACGCAGCGGCUGCAGCGGCACAAUUGACGCCGAGAAACCGUGUACCACAGUGGGCGCCUUUUCUGCAAUUUAGUGUUCCUGGUGUAUUCGGUGGCCCAUUUUUAACACGGCCCCGUUUCGGACCGCCGGGUACACCACAAAAUCUAGUUGCCUUAAGUGGAUUAAAUAAUGUCAACAACACACAUCACCGCAUAUCACCACAUCGAGCAAUACAGGGCCCUCCUAGUGAAGAUUCUAAUGAUGAUAGAGGAUCGACUGCCGACGGAGAAGAUGAAAGUAGUGCUUCAAAACGGAGGAGAUCAAGAACGAACUUCAAUUCCUGGCAGUUGGAGGAGUUAGAACGAGCUUUUGCGACAAGCCACUACCCAGAUGUGUUUAUGAGAGAAGCGUUAGCUAUGAGGCUAGAUUUGAAAGAAAGCAGAGUAGCGGUUUGGUUCCAAAAUCGAAGAGCGAAGUGGAGGAAAAAAGAACACACGAAAAAAGGUCCAGGUAGACCUGCUCAUAAUGCUCACCCCCAAUCCUGUUCCGGAGAACCUAUUCCACCUAAUGAAUUGCGAGCACGAGAAAAGGCACGUCGUCGAAAAAAACUAGCAAAAGCGCUUGAGCGUCAGGCUAGAAAGCUACGAGCUAAAGGAAUUGAUGUUGAUUUGGAGGUUCUUAAAGCAGAAUAUGUAACCCAGCAUCGCAGUAACUCUAGUUCUGACAGCGAAGAUGGUGGCGAUGACGACGACGAUGAUGAAGAUCCAAUCGAUGUUGUCGGUGGAGCAGAAUCGAAUGAGAUACCAGAAGACUGUAAUAUAGAAAGGCGGUACAGUAUCGACGAUGCUCUGGAUGAGAAUACUGACACGGAUAGAAAUAGUAUGAGGCCAAAUCCAUUUAGUAUAGAAUCACUGCUAUUCAAUAAUACGUGAAGAGCCUGUGUAUGCAGUAAAGCUUCCUACCAAUAAUUUAGUUCAGAUGCUACCAUUGCGUACAAUUCGAUACAAUUAAGGUACUAAUUAUGUUUUGUUACAUGCCGUAUUUUCUGUGACAUAUUCAAUAAACGAUAUUUUAGACGA